UAAAAAGAAGGUGGGUAUAGAUAUAUCCAUAGAUGAACAAGUCCCUGACUGGGCCAGACAAAUUGUCACUUUUUUCGAUCCUCCUAUAUAUUUGCCUUUCACCGAAGUGUAAAACAAGCCAAGAAGAUCACUUCUUCUUCUUCUACUUCUUCUUCAUCUUCAACCAUGAAAUUAUUGUUGAAUAUUCUGAUAUUAUUUGUUAUUUUCUGCAAUGCCAAGGGUUUGAUAAAGAUACCACCAAAUGAAACCAUCACAGCAGUUAUAAUAUUUGGAGAUUCAAUCGUUGAUACGGGAAACAACGACUAUAUAGCAACUAUUGCUAAGUGCAAUUUCCCUCCCUAUGGGAAGGAUUUUCCAGGUCAAAUUCCAACUGGUAGAUUCGGCAAUGGAAAGGUCCCCUCAGAUUUGAUAGCGCAGGAGCUCGGAGUUAAAGACCUUGUGCCACCAUAUUUGGAUCCACAUGUACAACCUCAAGACUUAAUCACAGGUGUGUGCUUCGCUUCAGGUGGUGCAGGAUAUGAUCCCAUGACAUCUAGCACUGCGCCAGCGCUAUCAUUGUCGGAUCAAAUAGAACUAUUCAAAGAAUACAUAUCAAAGCUGAGAGGAAUUGUUGGAGAAGAGAGGGCAAACUUCAUCGUGGCCAAAAGUCUAUUUCUGGUGGUGGCGGGCAGCAACGACAUUUCCAAUACAUAUUUUCUUGCAGGUGCGCGGCGGUUGCAGUAUGACGUCGCUUCUUACACUGAACUUAUGGCCAACAAUGCUGCCAAAUUCUUGAAUGAAAUAUAUGGGAUAGGGGCACGGAGGAUUGGAGUAUUGAGUGCACCGCCAAUUGGAUGUGUUCCAUCACAAAGAACUAUUGCCGGGGGAAUACAAAGAGAGUGCGUAGAAAAAUACAAUGACGCAGCAAAGUUGUUCAACGCUAAACUUUUUUCCCAGAUAGAUUCCCUAAACACCAACCUCCCCAACAGCAGGAUUGUCUACCUUGAUGUUUACAACCCUCUACUUGACCUCAUUCAAAACCCUACAAAAUAUGGUUUUGAGGUUGCAAAUAAAGGGUGCUGUGGUACUGGGAAAAUAGAGGUAACUCUACUGUGUAACCCAUCGACUCCCACCUGUCCAGAUUCGUCUGAAUAUGUUUUUUGGGAUAGUUUUCAUCCCACUGAAGCAGCAUACAGGACACUUAUUCCACCACUCCUCCAAAAGUAUAUGCCAUCUUCUUCUUCUUCAACCACGAAAUUGUUGUUCAAUAUUAUGAUACUAUUUGUUAUUUUCUGCAACACCGAGGGUGUCAUAAAGCUACCACCAAAUGAAACCAUCCCAGCAGUUAUAGCAUUUGGAGAUUCAAUCGUAGAUACGGGAAACAACAACAAUCGAGACACUUUUGGUAAGUGCAAUUUCCUUCCCUAUGGGAAGGAUUUUCAAGGUGGAAUUCCAACUGGUAGAUUCAGCAAUGGAAAGGUCCCCCCAGACAUAAUAGCGGAGGAGUUGGGAAUUAAAGGCCUUGUGCCACCAUAUUUGGAUCCACAUCUGCAACCUCAAGACUUACUCACAGGCGUAUGCUUCGCUUCAGGUGGUGCAGGAUAUGAUCCUUUGACAUCCGAAAUUGCGUCGGCACUAUCAUUGUCGGAUCAAAUAGAAAUGUUGAAAGAAUACAUAUCAAAGCUUAGAGGAAUUGUUGGAGAAGAGAGGGCAAACUUCAUCGUGACCAAAAGUCUAUUUCUCGUGGUCGGGGGCAGCAACGACAUUUCCAAUACAUAUUUUCUUGCACGUGUGCGGCAGUUGCAGUACGAUGUUGCUUCUUACACUGACCUUAUGGCCAACAACGCUGCCAAUUUCUUGAAAGAAAUAUAUGGGCUAGGGGGACGAAGGAUUGGAGUAUUGAGUGCACCGCCAAUUGGAUGUGUGCCAUCACAAAGAACACUGGCUGGGGGAAUACUAAGAGAGUGUGCAGAAAUAUACAACGAGGCAGCAAAGAUGUUCAACUUUAAACUUUCUUCCAAGAUAGAUUUCCUUAACACCAACCUCCCCAACAGCAAGAUUGUCUACCUUGAUGCUUACAACCUUCUACUUGAUCUCAUUCAAAACCCCAAAAAAUAUGGGUUUGAGCUUGUGAAUAAAGGGUGCUGUGGUACAGGGAAUAUAGAGGUGCUUAUACUGUGUAACCCAUUGUCUCCCACCUGUCUAGAUGUGUCUGAAUAUGUUUUUUGGGAUAGUUUUCAUCCCACUGAAGCAGCGUACAGGAUCCUUAUUACUCAAAUCCUCCAAAAGUAUAUCAAUAACUUCUUCUAA